AUGGGUAUCAAUUCUUCGAAAUCUAAUCAACAUAACGAUGGGAACGGUGGUGAGAGGAAAUCGAAUUUCAAUGGUGGUGGUGGUAGUAGUAACUCUGAUACUGAUAUGCCAGAUUCUUCUGAUAACAAGAAUAAUAGUAGCAGUAGUAUGAGUAACUCGAGUGGUAGUAGUGGAAGUGGAAGUGGUAGUCGGAAUAACAGUAGCAGUAAUUAUAAUAAUAUUAGUAAUAGCAACAAUAAUAACAAUUCGAAUUCACAACAAUUACAAGUUAUAAACAAUGUAAUCGAUUAUAAAUCACUGUUGAAAAAGAAAAACAAUGAACUUCUCAAUGUUUUAGUUGAGAAAGGACCACCUAUCUUCCUUGAGUUUCUCUUGUUUCUCAAGACACAGUUGGCACACAACCACAUCUCAAUGCGACAGUUCAUAGAAAAAGUAAACAUUGUCUUUUAUCUCUCUGUCGACUCUAAAGAUAUCAAGCAGUAUCUCUCCUCCAUUUCAAAGCCACGCUCAUGUCACAAAGUAUGGGGACCAAACGGAUUAUUCUAUCGUUGUAAAACAUGUGCACUUUCACCAAGUAGUUCAAUUUGUUAUGAUUGUUUUGCAGCUGGACCACAUGAGAAAGAAGGUCAUGACUAUUCAACGAGUUUUGCAUACUAUGGUGGAAGUUGCGAUUGUGGAACGAUGGACAGUUGGAAAGAGUCGGGAUUCUGUUCGAAUCAUGCGCAUACCGGUCCCGAAGAGGAUCCUACUCUCAAUAUGAAAUCCGAUCUCCUGAUAUCUACACAUCUCUCGAUUCGUUGUAUACUUUCCAUUAUUUUGGAGUUGAACAGCCACACUGUAUUCCAAACGGAAUUCUCACACGGCGCGGAACUCUACUCAAAGAUUGUCUAUCUCUUCUUGUUUCUGCUGUGCGACCACACGUUUAAAGUUGGAUUCUCAAAGUCCUAUACACACGUCUACUCGCAGCUCGCCAAGAUCUCGACAAUCGAUGCCGUCUACAGAUAUUCACCACAGGUAUUCUCUAUCAGUUCGAUAUCGACGCAGUUUAGCAAGGAGUACAAUCCAUCGUUUUUGGAUACCACUCUAGAUGCUCUGCUUAUGGUUCUUAGCAGGGGUGGAUCGUUGGACAGACAUCACACCGCGAUCAUCAGUGAUAUCAAGACGUUGAUUCAAGCACCGACACUCUGUCACUAUAUUCUCUUUGAGAAGCGUUCUCUUCUCAACAAGUAUCUCUAUGUGCUGCGACGUGCUCAUUGCUUCGAGCGAUUCACUCGCCAGAUGAACACACACGUAGAGUACGACCGCGACGAAUGGAUCUAUUCGUUCCAGCUAGACUCUGAAUUUCGCGAUAUCUCCAAGGAAAUGAUUGAAUCUAUUCCCGCCGAUAUCAAACUCAAAGAUAUGUUGGACUUGAUCGACUAUUACACUAAUUUCCUGGUCGACGCAACCACAGAAUUCAGUGGCAGCUAUCUCGGUGUCUCCGUGUCAAAUACCGACCUGUUCGAUGGAACCAGUUCAGUCUCACUGAUACUCCCACUGUACAGAUUCUACGUACAAUUGAUACAGAAAACAAGGUCACUCUUUGGAGAUUCAACCGAUUUGAAAUCACUAUUCCCAAAGCGAGUCAAUCUCAGCCGUAUAUUGAUGCCAUUCGUUCUUUGUCAAGUAUUCGUCCACCAAGUCAACAACAGCUACUGGGUUAGAAACAAUCAUGACAUGGUUAGAAAAAAAGCAUUCCUUUAUUGUUUAUUCUUUUUAGAAAAUGAUAUAUCCAUCAUUCAAACAAUUGCUUCAGUAUUAGAUGUAAAUGAAUUCUUAAUUUUUGCUUCAAAAGAAUUUGGAGCAUUCUUACCGGUUGUCGUUAAGAAUCAAAACGAUCAUAACAAUCAUAAAUACUUUCAUUUCUUCAAGUUUAUCAUUCAGAUCUAUCAGGAGAGAGCAUCGAUGGUGCCAAAUAGAGAGUAUGUCAAGAAUGCGUUGGUUCACCUGUUGUAUGGCCAGGCAAAGACUCAUAGCAAGAUUGAAUCUACAAUGACCUAUCUGGACAAGGAGCAACUCUUUGAAAGUAUAUUGCAAGAGGUGGCGACAAUGGAACAGCAAACACACACUGGUGACCAACCGGCAAUCUUUAAGUUGAAACCAGAGUUUUGGAAACAAUUCAAUCCAUACUAUCCACUCUAUACGCCACAGAACGUAGAGGAUUCAAUCGUUGCCUACUUUGACUUUAAAAAGAAUCGUAAACUCAAGAAUCCUGAUUCCUUACCGUUGCCACCACCAUUGGCACCACUAAUCGAAUGGAAUCAACCGGUAGAAGAGAUUGUUCAUUCCGAUUUCGCUCACUACAUGGCACUUUCACUGCUACACUCAUUUACUAAACGUAUAUUCGAAUCUGGAAAUACAACACCCGAUGAUAUCCCAGAGGUAAUGUUUGCAGUCAAUGAAUGUCUUUACUAUUUGGCAUUGUCAACAAAUGUAAUGAAACCAUGGUAUGGAAACGAUAAUAACGACAACAACAACAACAACGAUAAAGGAGAUUGUUCUUCACAUUUACCAAUGGAUAAACUUAACCAUCCAGAACUCACCUUUGUUUCCCAUAAACAUUCUGUAUUGUGUAUGCUACAGAAAUAUCUAUUUAAAGACACUGUUACAUCGACAUUCGAUAUACUCAUUGAGAUGUUAAAGCGAACACAUCAGAACAACUUGUUUGUCGAUAAGCGUGAUCUCAUCACCAAGAUAAUCGAUUCACUCUUUGGUUAUCAUCCAGACAUCCAGGAGUAUUUGUUUGAAAAGUAUCCAAAUUACAAACAGACUCUUGAGGAGCAAGUAAAGUCAUCCGAUGAGAAACUAAAGGGUGCCAAACAACGUCAAGCAGAGAUCAUGGCAAAGUUCACACAGCAACAAAACAAGUUUUUGAUGACGCUCGACUCUGACGAUGAGUUGGAGAGCAACGAUUGCCAAGUGGCAACCUGUGUUCUUUGUUUGAAGGGAAACUACUCAAAGAAGGAUCCACUCUCUGUCAUUGCAAUGUAUCAGUAUUCAACGCUGAUCACCUUUUCAAAGAUUGCAGUACUUGCCAACCUACCACUGCGACUGAAGAAGCACUGCAAGGAUUUCCUCAAGUACAUAUCGUUCCCACAGCAACGAUCACAACUCGAUCUUCUCAACUAUACAUCGUCUCUACACAUGAGAUGCUGUGGACAUCACAUUCACCACGAUUGCUUCAAGCACUAUACCGAUGCAUUGAUGCACAAGGCAUCACAACUCGACGGCUUCGAAGGUGAUCAUAUCAUUCGACCAUUAAGUGGUGAAUUCUUAUGUCCAAUGUGCAGAAGAGUUUCAAACAUUAUCAUACCAAUUGUAGAUAACAAUAGUAAUAAUAAUAAUAAUAAUCAACAACAACAAACAACAAACAACACAAGUUCAACAACAACAACAACAACAAACAAAGAAAGAACUUCACCAUUUUCACAUUUAAGUAUGAGUAAUGGAAGUAGUAGUAGUAACGCAAGCAAUGGAAGUAGUAACUUGGUAAACAGUGGCGGUAAAGAUCAAAUUGAGAUACUUUCAAAUAGUGGAAAGGAUCAACAACAAGCGACUGUUAGUAGUGAUAGUGAUUUAGAAAAUAAUAAUAUCAAUACAGACAGUAAUAAUAACAAUAGUUUAUCAACAAGUUUUGGUAAAGAAAAGAUGGAUUCAUUCGAUGAUGUAACAAAAAAUCAAUUGUCAAAUUGGUUUUCAUCUUUAGUUCCCAAAGGAAAGAGUUCUGCUGCAUCACCAGCCAAAAAGUCUGAAGAAAAUCUUUUCUUUUUCCACGAGUUGAAUAGAGUCGCUUUCAAAGGUGGCAAUGUAGAUACAAUUUCACCUUAUUUCCUCUGUCAAUUAACUGCUAGAAAUAUAGAGUUUCUAGAGAUUGCAACAAGAGAAAUACAACAACCAAGUAACAACAAUAAUAACUAUAAUAAUAAUAACAAUAAUAAUAACAGUCAACAACAACAACAAACACCACAAUUUUGUAUAGGAGCAGAUAUUUUUGCACGCGAUAUUUUAACUAUUAAAUCAUUGUAUAAAGUAUUCAGAGAUUAUAUUCAUCAGCAUAAAGAGCACAAGUACAGAGAGUCAACCAUCGAUCUAUUCAAGGGUAUGUCAGAGUCGAUUCUUUCCAUCGAUCCAUUCGGUUCAUUCAUUCUGUUCCUCUCUGUAUUGGAUUCACCCAGCAACUUUGAUAUCGAUGUGAUCACCAGUUUCUCACUCGAUCUCGUUGGAGGCAAUCGUCACCAAACAGAGAAAGAACCCAUUGCUACCAAUAUGGACAGCACUUGCUGUGUCAUCAAUUCAUCUACUGAAGCCAAUAAGCACAUGAACGUUUGUGGUAUCUACAAGAUCGGUGUAUUCCUCGAGACCAAGAGCCCAACGGUGGCGAUCAUCCGUGACUAUCGUGAGAGUCUGAUGCACGAUGCCUAUCUCGAUCAAUACGGAGAACCAGAUUCACACUUGGACCGUGUUGCACAAAGUAUGAGUAAAAAUAGUAUACAUUCUGUUUAUCCUUUAAAAUCUAUGGAGAGUAUAGAUCCAUCAAGUGUAAUACCUCUAUCAAAGGUUAAAUGUAAAUAUUCUAAGAAAUUCAAUGUUAGAGUCUACAGAAACCAAAUAAAAAUCAUCUACAAUAAUUCCUUUCCAGAUCAAUUCGAAGAUUUGGUUGAAGGAAAGACAUGCUAUAUCACCGAUGUGCUUGCUGAAAUCUCUUACUUUGCUGUGGAUCAUCCAUUCACUCUGAAGAGCACUUUUGAUACCAAAGUGAUUCCAUGUCCAAAUGAAUUCUCAUCACUUCACACCCAUUAUAAGUUUAUAUCAAUGAGUUCAUUGGAAUCGGAUUACAAAGAGUUGAUUGCAUGCAGCCGAAACUAUGUUGAUGUGAUCGGAUAUGUAAAGAGUAAAGAAUCACCACUAGUUGUUCCGAGAAUCAGUGACAGUGAUUAUAUGGAAGGAACGACACUAUCGAUACAGACAAUCACACUGGCUGACUCUAAAAACUACUCGAUCUCAGUUACUUUCUUUGAUGAAUCGAUCAGAAGAUAUCUUCCUGAUAUCAAUGUUGGUGAUAUAAUAGCAAUCAAAUCUGCAAAGAUUUCGUGUUUCAACAGAUUAUCACUCAUAUACUCAAGUGGAACCUACCAUGAGAAAGACACUGUAAACUUCAAAGAAUAUAGAGAAUUAAAAGAUUGGCUAUCGGAUAACAAUGUCAAUCAUCAAAACAACACAUUGUUUAAAUCACUAACUAGGCAGUGUUAUAGAGACAAAAUGGUAUCGACAAACAUAGCAUCGAUAUCAUCGAAAAUCUUCAAAGAGGAACAUGAUUACACAAAAGACAAUCUAUACUUAGUGAAAGGUCAUAUCACAAAGGAAGCGAGAUCACUGGAUAGUGAUCGUUUUGGUUGUCCAAACUGUUAUCAGAUUUUUAACGAUAGACUCUGCAAUGUAUGUAAUCUUCCACCCUGUCGACUGUUGGACAUUACCUUUACAUUGACGGAUGCCAAUGACGAUGGGGAUAUUAAAAACAAGAUCGAUCUGGAGGUAAGAGCCCGAGAUGAAAUUGCUGAGCGUCUGGUCAAAAUGAAAUCAAAUCAUUUUUCGACAGAAUCAACAUUACCUCCUACCUUUAAGAUUGAAAAAGAUUUUCUGUUUUCCAUGGGACUAAAACUACUGGAAUCUGAAAAUGUCAGCAUUGAUCAAAUAUAA